AUGCCUUGUUCCCGCCGAUUUGGAUUUGAGGGUGAUAAUACCGCCUAUAUCUGGUAUCUUGAAGAGAGAAUCUUUGCACUUGAGAAAAUUCUUCACAGCACAUCUCGACAAGAUACCUAUAUCGAAGCCCUUCAUCCUUCACGAGGCCAAGACAACUUUGCCAACAAUCCGGGAAAAGAUUUCGAAGUUGCGAGAUAUCAUGAAAGCCGCGUCCCUGACAGGCAAGGAUGGGAUGAUGGGACGCAACCCGUAUCAGAGACCCCACCAAGCCCUGGUGACGAACAACACAACCACGAAGCUGAAGAUGCGGUCUGUCAAUGGACAGGAUUGGAAAUCAUCGAAUACAACCCGCUUAGUAUGCUUCCGAAAGGUUCCGGGGCUAGAUCGAAGAUUAAAAAAAAUAAACAGCCCGGGUCUUCUCCAAAUAAAAACGAGCACCGCAGGGGAAGUGGUGGGCAACAGCUUAGGGUGAAGUCUGAACUUGAUAAAUUUCUUGAGGACCUACCUUCCUUGAAAGAUUGGAAGCCCCCUAUCGACGAAGCUCGACGCAGAAUCGUUCUUCGGGAAUUGGUCCGAGACUACGGGUCGGCUGCGCCGACCUGUACCUCGUUAAAUAAGGUAUUCAAAACACCAUCGGGCAAUUCGGCUGAGCCUGCCAAUAUAAUUCCAAUCCUGCGUCAAUACAGACAGUUCACGGUGAGGAGCAGCAGUAUAGAUCGGAAAAUCGCCUACUUCCGAGAGCUUGUCUUCGUUUCAUUAUGUGCUGUUGCGUUGAGAGUUCAUGAAGACAAAGACCAAGUGUACGAAGUUAUGCGAGAUUUCCGGGGAUCUAACGCUCAGUCAAAAUAUUUGAACAAACUUGUUUGCGGUGCAAAGUGGGCGAAUCGUGCUAUAUCUCUCCUUAGCCAGACUAAAUGGGCAUCUAGAAGCUGGAGUGUUAUUUUCGAUGCGGAGCAUCCAAUUGGCUUUUACGCUCGAUUCGCCGAGUUUUCUACCGAGACCAAGAAAUUAUUUUUAGGGAGAGUAAGGGAGAAUACUAUCAAUGACUCUUCCGAACUUGCAAUCACAGACGAAGCAGCCCCUCUCGUGGUACCUCUGAUCGUAGAAAGGCUGUUCAAAAACACCACUUCAUUGGAGGUAAUUUGCAAGUGUCUGGGGUACAACUGCAAGGCUGUGAAUUCAUAUCGGCUACUUUUCGACCAGGCAUUAAGCCCUCAUAGUAAUAAAAGAGCCAACACAUCAGCGCAACUAGGGCUAUCAAAAAGGCGAUGUCAAGGCCAACGCGACCCGCCAGUAUCAGAUUGCGAUGACGACACGCUGCGACCAAGGAGCCAGCAUUUAAUGUUAACUGAUGGCAAACCCCCAGACACUCAACUAAACUUGGAGCAAAGCAAUGGGAUAUUCGACAAGGCCACUAGCUUGAGCUCCAGAACUCUGCAGAGCCGCCGGUCUCUAUCACUUGAUCUUCAAACAACACUGAUAUCUUCUACCCAUGAAAGCCCUAGGGCAAACCCCGACGUUUCUGCCUUAGUAGAUCCCUUCCCGGCCAGUGACUUCCCCCGAGAUGAUUUCAACAAUCUACCCAAUCUACCAGAGUCCGACCCCUUCCCAGCCAGUGACUUCCCUCAAGAUGAUUUCAACAAUAUACCCAAUCUGCCAGAGUGCGACCCGCCUCCUUUCCUCGCCGACCCCUUCCCAGUCAGUGACUUCCCUCAAGAUGAUUUCAACAAUAUACCCAAUCUGCCAGAGUGCGACCCGCCUCCUUUCCUCGCCGACCCCUUCCCAGUCAGUGACUUCCCUCAAGAUGAUUUCAACAAUAUACCCAAUCUGCCAGAGUGCGACCCGCCUCCUUUCCUCGCCGACCCCUUCCCAGUCAGUGACUUCCCUCAAGAUGAUUUCAACAAUAUACCCAAUCUGCCAGAGUGCGACCCGCCUCCUUUCCUCGCCGACCCCUUCUCAGCCAGUGACUUCCCUCAUGGCAAGAUCUUUGCCACUCGGAGAUAA